GUGCAUGCUCUAGCGGCGGAUGAGGCCAAGCUAGGAUUUUCCGCCGCUGAAAAGAACGGAACCAAGCUGCUAUAACUGAUAGUCAAUCGCUGCCUUUCCUACCACGUGCAGUCGUUCUCGUCCAACCUAGCUCCGAUGAAUACAUUAUAGCAUUGACCGCCUUGAUGCUUACGAGGAGGCUGCUCGCGCCGCAGUCUGCCCUUUCGCCAUGGGGAACAGCUGCCCGAUUCACGAUUCCCCAUCGCCGUGACCAGACCCGUCGAGCCAAAAGCUCUCGAACUCCCCCGGAUGCUUCCAACGAAGCCUCCUUGUACGACAAGCUGUUUCCGGGCACGCCGCCGGCGACAAGAACACGGCCUAGGCAGAGGCAUGGAAACCCCCCGGCUCAGAAGCCCUUGCGCUCUGCGCUGAUCAGGGACAUGAAGGCAUGGGGAUGGGGGGAAAAGUCCCAACCCAAGACGGAGAGUCAGGGCACGCAGUCCCCAAGGUGGGGCGAGCGGUAUAUCCGUGGAAGAGAGUCGCAGAACGGAGAGAUGGGCGAUAUACCUCUGGGCCGCGCGUUCAAGACCCCUACGAACCAACCCCCCGAGACCUCCAAUGGAACGGAUACGGACGAGGGUCAAAGCUAUAACGGGCCGGCGGUUCUAGUACUUAAUUCGGCAAGUAAGUCUCUGCUUGAGAGCGACUUCUACCGACUCGGCCGACAAGGGCAGCAUCUGGAUGGCUGGGCCAGUGGCAUAGUGAAAGUCGUCCAAGCGCGGUCCCCGACCACCCAAGAGCCUCUCGGGCAGUACUUCAUCCACUUCGACAGCCGAGCCGCCGCCAUGGCCUACAUGGACGAGGUGAUGCGCCUGCUGUCGCUCUCGCGCCAGGCGGCGGGCUCCAACUGGGACCUCUCCCCGCGCGACCCAACGGGGCCCCUGCCCCUCGCGCCCAAGCUGGGCGCCACCCGCGGCGGGGAGGGCGACACCGAUGCCAGCGUCCAGGCCUUCACGCUGAUCCCGCCGAGCGCGGCCCUGAAUCUGAAGCUGAGGCUCCCGGAAGAGGUGGAGAGCCGCCGGCACGGGCAAGCCGGGAGGCGCAAUGGCGAGCCUGGAAUUGGCGGUGGGAUUUGGUCCGGCGACGGCGGGCGCCACGCCGAAGGCAAGGGGGAGCAUCAUAAGGUCCUGGUCUGGCUUGACGGGAGCCAGGUGACGGCGGACACGCUACUUGGCGCUAUUGAGGAUGACGGCAAGGACCGCAAUCUCGCAUGGCGAUUGCAAGAUGGUCCGCGAUCGAUCGCGCCAAUCCCGGGGGCGGGAUUCCGGAAUGCUCUCGAGAAGGGGCCGCCCGAGAAGGAUGACCCGACGCAACAGCGUGCGAGAUUCAUCGUGUCCUUCGCCGAGGCGGUCGAGGCCCGGCGUUUCGCUAGGAGCUGGCACAAACGUGAAUUAAGUCUCCCUGAUAGGGAUAGGACGAUGGUGGUUAACGCCACUGCUCUGUGGUAAAAUCGCCGAACGACGGAGCCGUUUCGGGCAUCGUCACAAGAUGAGAGAGAAUGGCAUUUACCAACCAUGAGAUAUCAUUUAGACAGCUAGGUAUUUGAGACUAGAUUAUACGCGUCCUAAUAUUUCCCGCCCUCAGCGCCCGACAUUCGUCUAACAAUCCCGAUCCUUCCCAGCUGGUAUUCCCAAAAGGUGCCACAACAACUACAGAAGGUAUCAUACGCGACAACCAUCAAGGCUCGUCUCUCUCAAUUUGACAAAUGAAACGCCGUAUCCGAAAGUAUAAAAGGGAACAAUAAUAAAGGGAAAAAAAGUAGAAGAUAAAACAAGG